AUGAGUGAGGCGCGUCGAUGCUUUUGUGGUGGGUUUGCUCAAUUGGAAACCUCUUGGACCAAAGAUAAUCCAGAGAGAAGAUUCUGGACAUGCUGCCGCAAGAUGAUAGAUAAGGCUGAUGAUGCACGCAAGAGAGAUAAGCUACUUUGGUUUUUCAUCGUUAUUGGCGUCCAUAUUGCUAUGCUCUCAGCAAAUGCAAAUCAACAUAAGGGUUCAAGUGGAACGAAGACAGUACUGGAACUUGCUUGA